CUAGGCAAAUGAAUUACUUAAGAGUACUCAAAGUGUUUUUCGAUGCUAUUUAUCCCGAAAAUUUUCCCAAUUUUUAAAUUGGAAAUCGGAGUCUUGCUCUUGUUGAGCUGUGCUCUUUGGUUGAGAGUUGAGACCCAUAGCAACCAAUACAUAGGGCGGCGCAUCUUCAUAGAGCCAUAGAAUCUUGGCAGAACUGGAAAAUGUUAACAAUUUGGGCGUUUCAAAAUUUUGCUGAUUCCAUUUUCGCCUGUAAGUUCGAUUGCUAGUUUCUAAUAUUCUCUCUUUAAUCGAUUCAUUUCUGUAUUGUACCUUCAUUUUUUGCCGUUGAAGAAGAGCUCUAUUAGGGACAAGUAGCCAAAUCGGUGUUAUUUCAUGGCUAGAGCUCCAUCAUCCGUUGUGAUUUUUCUUCGCCAAAGCACGAAUAGCACCCGCCAAAACUCCGGUACCCAGAUCCGAAAAAUUACUGUAGAACCUAAGAAUAAUGAAGUUAAUGGAGAGGGAAGUGACCGAAAUCAGAAUGACGAACUGCCUCAGGGUGUGAACCAGCAUUUUACUGAUAUAGCAAAAGAAGUUGCUAAAAUCAUGAGAACAAAAUCCAAAUGGGAGCAAACUCUUUUGUCAGAUUUUUCUUCUUUCAAUUUCACCAAUCCCCAGUUCUUUUACGAGCUUUUGAAGCACCAAAACAAUGCGUUUCUUUCGGUAAAAUUCUUUCAUUGGCUGCGUUUGCAUUCCGAUUUUGUACCUGACCAAGUUUCCUGCAACUUGCUUUUUGAUUCACUUUUGGAUGCUAAGCAUACCAAUGCUGCAAAAAAUUUCCUUGAAGUUUCAGGUUUUAGUCCCGAGCAGGGUUCUUUAGAGCGCUAUAUUGGUUGUCUUUGUGAAGGUGGGAUGGUUCAGGAUGCAGUUGAUGUCUUUUUAAAGUUUAAAGAUCUUGGAGUAUUCCCUUCAAUAGCAACAUGGAAUUCAGCAUUACUGGGUUGUCUUAAUGCUGGGAGGACAGACCUAGUUUGGAAAUUGUAUCAUCAUAUGAUGGAAUCUGGAAGGGUUAUGGCAGAUAUUGAUGUUAAGACUGUCGAAUAUCUUAUUCGAGCGUUUUGUAUUGACGGUCAAGCUUGGAAGGGUUAUGAGCUUCUCAGACAGAUGUUGGAAAAUGGAUUAGUUCCUAGAAAUAUUGCUUUCAAUGUAUUGAUAUCAGAGUUCUGUAAGCAGAGGAAUUUUGCUAAAAUGUCUGAAGUUCUUCACAUGAUGAUUGCCAAUAAUUGUGCUCCUGAUAUUGAUACGUAUCAGGGAGUCAUCAGUGGUCUUUGGAAGACUAAAAGGUUUCAUGAAGCUUUAAGGGUGUUCAAUGAUCUCAAGGAUAGAGGUUAUGCCCCGGAUAGAGUCAUGUAUAAAACAAUGAUUCAUGGUCUUCGUGAAAUUGGAUUGCUUGAUGAUGCUAGGAAGCUUUGGUUUGAGAUGAUCUCUAAGAAUAUUCUUCCUGAUGAAUACACUAAUAAUACACUCAUCAGUGAUCUUUGGAAGAAUAAAAGGUUUAAUGAAGCUUUAAGGGUUGUCAAUGAUCUCAAGGACAGAGGUUAUGCCCCAGACAGAGUCAUAUAUACAACAAUGAUUCAUGCUCUCUGUGAAAGGGGAUUGCUUGGUGAUGUUAGGAAGCUUUGGUUUGAGAUGAUCUCCAAGGAUAUUCUUCCUGAUGAGGACGAUUACAAUGUGCUGAUCCAUGGGAUUUGUAAGAGUGGAAAUUUUGAAGAGGCUAGGAAACUGUACAAGGAGAUGCAUGAUAGGGGUUAUGGGAAAACCACAGGAAGUUACAACAUGAUGAUUUCCAAUUUUAGCUUAAAUGGAGGGGAAAAUGAGGCUCUUGCCUUGUUUAAAGAAAUGCCACAAAAGGGAAUUGCUCGUAAUGUGAUUUCUUAUGAUAUUUUGAUUAGACAAUUUUGCAAAAAAAGGAAGGUAAUUGCUGCUAAGGAACUAUUAAAGGAGCUACUGGCACAUGGUAUAAAGCCGUCAACUUUAUCUUAUACUCCCCUUAUUGAGAACCUAUGUGAAACAGGAGACAUGAAAGAAGCAAAGGAGUUGUGGAAUGAUAUGAAAAACAGGGGUUUGAAGCCAAUGGCCUCUGACUACAAUCUUUUCAUUACAGCACUGUGUGAACAAGGUUGCAUAAUUGAUGGGAUGGAAUGCUUAAUUACUAUGCUGAAGAAUAGUCUCAGACCACGGAAUAGAACUUUCAAAACAUUAUUUCGUUGUCUUUUACAGGAUGAAAGGUUAGAUGAUUCUUUAUUUCUUUUAGAUCGUAUGUCUGAGAUAGGAUACUCUUUUGGAAUAGGCACAUGGUAUGCUCUGGUUAGUAAACUUAGGCAAAAGAAUAUCCUUUCUUCUGAAACGUGCUUAGACAGGAUUCUGGAAAGCAACUAAUUUUGACAUUUCUACAUUGUUUUUGUAACUCCUGCCAAGAAUUGAUAUGCAAUUCAUCUUCCAAUUGUUUCUUUGAAAUAUUUAAGGAGAAAUCUCCUUUCUGAAGUGAUUACUAACAAUUACAGUAGAUGGAUGGAGUCAGAUACUGGAGUUCCAGUUAUAAAAGCUUCAAUUUGGAAGUUAUUUUCACUAUUUGGUGCUUUGUGACUCAUCAUCUGCGCUAAUUUGAAAUGGAAGAGCAGCCUGUUGUACUAGUUUCUUCUGCUAACUGCUCGAGGUUACUCUGGCAUAGACUAUAGUGGCAUUAAUUAUUGGUUCGCCUUUUGGAAUACUUGUUGCUCCAUUGACCUGGAAGCUGGAAGAAUGUGAUAAACUGCAAGGCCCACCCGCCAAGCAAUGUAAUUUGUUUAAGAUGGAGAGAGAGAGAGAGAAUUGGAAGUGAGCUAUGAUAAUUUACAUUAUUACUAUUCUGGCUCAUGUAUGACUUGGGAAUUUUCAUAAUCUUGUUAAAGGAUUUUGCCUCCGUACAUCCUUAAUUGUUGUCUUAAUUGUCAUCUCAUAUGAAGGACUGUACUGUAGUAUAGUAAGCAGCCAUUGGGCAUUGGCUUACGCUGGUCUAAGAGAGGCUAAGCCAUCAAUCUAUGAGCGUCAUCCACCAUCCUAGCAGGGUCUGUUUAUGUAGGUUCGCUGUAUGUUCUUUCUAUUUGUGGGCUUGACGCUGCAAAUGAACUGUUGCUGUGUAGAGGUUAGUGAAUGAGAUUAAUUUGAUGAAAUUUUUCUUAAUAUACCUUGACAUUAUACUAAUGUCACACUAUUUGAUGUUAA